CGCGCUGGAAAGGAUCCCGCCACGAGUAUUGCAACGCGGAGAGGACAAGGGCGACCGCGCCGCAGCGAUUUCAUGCCGCGACCAGAUGCACGGGCAGCGAGCGGCACAGCGCGGCCAACACGCGGCCCGCCAACUCACCCGUCGGUGGUCCGCGUCCACUCGCCUUCCGUCUCCGACCUCAGCUCGCUCAUCGCCACGGGUGAGCCGUUCGUCGCCUCGGGGCUGCUCUCGGGCUGGGCCGCUCUCGGCUGGACGCCUCGCGGCCUCGCCUCCUCGCCGCUGGGCGCGGCCGAGACGUGUGUGCGCCUCCACCGAAUUGCGCCGCUGGCGGUGCCGUUCGAGGGCGAAGGCGUCUACGUGCAGGCCACGCUCGCCGAGUUUGGGCGCUGGCUCGAGGGCGGUGGCUCGAGGGCGGGACUUGACGGCGGUAACUUGAGUGCCUUCCCGCGCUCCGAAUACACCGGCUACUGCGACUACCAGGAGAUGGCGGCGCUGUUUGCGAGCGAGCCGGACGCGCUCGCGGCAGUGGACUGGUCGCACGUCCUCGCCGCCGCGCACCUCUCCGAAGUCGUCGCGAGCGGCGCCGACUCGCACGCAGCCGACGGCUCGCGCUCGACGCUGUGGCUGGGUUCAGAGGGCGCGGGCACGCCGGCGCACUACGACGCGUACGGCGUCAACUUUGUGGCGCAGUGUGCCGGAGCCAAGCGCUGGCGGCUGAGCCCGCCGCCGGGCUGCGAAAGGGAACGGGGCGGAGACGCGGCGUGGCCGCUGCGGCCGACCCGUGUGCCUUAUGAGGAGAGCUCGGUCUUUGCGCGCUCCGACGACUCCGGGCGCAGCAGCUGCCCCCAGCUGAGCUGCCCCUCCUCCCGCCCCUCGUCUUGGCUGUACGAGGUCGAGCUGUGCGCCGGCGAGACGCUCUUCGUGCCUCGGCACUGGUGGCACGCCGUCGUCACCACCAGCCGCCACUCUCUCUCCAUCAACACCUGGCUCGAGGCCGCGCAGGACACCGCUGAGCGAGUGCGCGAGGCGGUCGUCCGGCUGCUCGCUUCGGCGCUGAUCCGAGCGGCGCGGCGCGCCAUGUCCGCCGAGGACUUGCGGCCGGCGGAGGAGCCCGCCUGCGGGUGGGUCAACCCGACCGAGCAGCUGUCCGAGUCGGCAGGCGACGACCUCGCCCUCCUCAGCGGCGCUGUGGCGCGAGUUGGCGGGGCCGGGGGGAGCCCGAGGUUGCCCGAGAUUACCCGAGAUCUGGAGCGACUUGGCGGGGCGGGAGGCGAGGCGGGCGCCGGAGGAGGCGGCGAGGCUGGUGGCGGCGAGGCUGGUGGUGGAGGCGGUGGUGGCGGCGGGGGUGGCGGUAGUGGCGGCGGAGGCGGCGGAGGCGGUGGCGGUGGCGGCGGGGGUGGCGACGGUGGAGGUGGUGGCGGGGGCGGCGGCAGGGCGUCGGAGGGCGGCGAGGAGGGCGGUGCGCAGGGCGAGGGCGGGGUCUGCCUUCUCUGCGCCCCGCGGCCACCGCACCCGCAGGCAGGGCUUCCCCCUUCGCUCCCGCCUCCGCUCCCGCCUUCGCUCUCCAUGUCGGACGUCGUCGGCGCACUCUGCAGCGGCCGCCCCCUCGUCGCGGCGGCGAGGGCGCUCGGCGCCGGCUCGCACUGGGGCGGCGCUGACGGCGGCGGCGCUGACGGCGGCGGCGCUGACGGCGGCGGCGCUGACGGCGGCGGCGCUGACGGCGAGGGCGCUGACGGCGAGGGCGGCGGCAGCGAGGGCGAGGGUGGCGAGGGCGGUGGCGGUGGCGGGGAGCAGCUCCGCGCGCCUCUCGUGCGGGCCGACUGUCCCCUUCGAUUUCUUUUUUAACCGCGCGUGUUUCUUUUUUAGGAGCGCCUCUCGCGCGGGCGCUUCGAUGCGCCCUCGUCAGCGUAGACAGCGCGGCGGGAGGCGCGCCGAGCCGGCAGCAACCCUUUGGCGAGGCGCUGGAGAGGCUGCGGUCUGCCCCGGGCGGGCGCCCCUCGAUCUCGAUCGGCGACGUGAUCGACGCUGUCUGCACGGGCGCGGGCCUCGACGAGGGCGUCCGCGCGCUGAGAGCCGCGUAUGAGCGGAAGCAGAGGGGGGGCGGGAAGCGCACCCUUGGCGCAGACGUGAGGAUUGGCAUGGGUUGGGAAUCGCAGGCAGGCGGCGUGUGCGCGGCAGGUUGUGACUGCAACCAGCAUGUGUGCAUCGUGGCCUGAAUUCUUUGACACAGCUCUGUGGGUCUCACGUCCCAGUUACAUGGGAUAGAGUUUCCAAACAAAUUGUGGA